CUUUCACUUCACAACUUACUCCUGUUCAAUAUUUUGUUUUUCUUUUUUGAAAUUCAUAAUUUGAUUUGAAUAGAAGAAAAAAACUGACAAAAUGAGCUCCUCGGACUUGCCUUCUUGCUCAAAGCCUUCGAAGGCAAAGAGUUUAAAUAACAAAAUAAUCGACUAUUAUCUAAAAUAUGCAAAAGACCGCGACAUUGAGAAGUUCAUGAGAUUCAACAGCAGCAGUGGAAGCAGCUGCCCCUGUCCAUGUCCCUCAAAGUCGUCGUCAGGAAGUGAUGACAUUAUUUUCGUAAGUGAGGAAGUGAUCCUUGCCUGUCAACCAUAUGACAAACAGAAUGCCGAGGUCCCAUUGAAUCCUGACAAGGAGAAUUCGAGCAAAGAAGCAAACAAAUCCGGCCCAGAGUCUCGAACUCCAACUAAAACUUCAGAGCCUCCUAUUUCUCAUGCUCCAGAUUCGAUAACUAAAAUCGACAAGAAACUCGAAUGGGACUCUCUUGGUGAUGUUGGCUACAAAAAGGCCAAUUCCACGGGCAACCUCAGUUCCCUGGAACGCUCGGUUUUAAAGGAACUCUUCAAUGAAAGCCCAUCAGUGCCAAAUAUCUCAGACCAACGCUCAGAAGAGAUCCAACUCUCAUCAAAUCACAAGCUCAGCGCAUCGACACGUCGAGAAAAAUGGCGCCAAACCUUAGAGAGUCUUGGAAGAAAGUAUUCCUCGCAUUCAGGGAGCCACAACACCCAGGAAUUCAUGGAACUACCACAAAGCACUCCCAAAGUCGUGCCCAACACUGACAAAUCAUGUCAAACAACUUUCGAGAAGGCCAAACCUUUGGUGAAAACCAGAACCAAUCAUUCUUGUCAAACUAGCUUCGACCGCAUCAAAGUUCCUGACUUAAAGUCUCUACCAAAAUCCCAAGAAACCCAAGCAAACCUUUCGAGUCGCGCAGAAAGCUUUGCUACUCAAUCGAGCUUUGAAUACCAAGUUGGCGACAGGCGAAGCAGUGAUUCAUCAACCAAGUCAUCGACAAGAAGAAGCAUUCUCAGCGAGAAGAACGCAAUAUCCCAAUCGACAUCUGAGUCGACCCAAGACAAACAACUGACCGUGACGUCGAGGACAAGUCGCCCCAAGACCGAAGUCGACUUAGGCAUCAAACUCCUCUGUUCACUCAUAGAUGCGAAAAAUCUCACUGGAACGCAAAAAAAGAAUUUGGCCAAGAAAAUCUUUGAAAAAAUCACAAAACAACAAUCGACUGACGCUGACGGCGGCGGUGGUGCUGGAGCAUCAACAAUAAGUUCAACAUCUGUGUCAAGUGCAUUUAGCGUUCGUUCGUUAAUGGAGUGUUCUCCGCUGCGCGAAGAUCAAAAAGAAUUUGCGAUCCAAACAAAAUCUGCAAACAACAAAAUUAUGAUCGAACAAAUGACGGAGGAAACUCAGACCGAAGAGGUGCAGCUGGAAGGCGAGGAGCAUCGCCCACAGUCUUCGUCAUCUCUAGAAGAACCAAUCACCAUGCGGGAAUGGCUGCAUCCACUAACACGCUCUGAAAAAGACUAUGAAAAGAAGUUGAAGCUUAGGUCGCAAGGGGUCUCCUCGUCGGCCGGGCAAGUGAGUGAACGCACAAAGCAACUAUCGUGGAUUGAAAUGGAAAUAAACCGCUUGGAAGGCCUGAAGAAACUCAUACUGCAAGACUGUUCCUCCAGAAGUCGAUCGCAUUCCUCAACCUCAACUAUGAAGUCCUCCAAAGGCAAGUCAGAGAUAAUCUAUGAAGAAACGGCCGAAGAUAUGGUCAAAGAGGAGAACGAAUACAAACACUGCUUCCGGAGGACUUCUCAAAAUGUUGUCAUCUAUGACGAACCCACAGCGGAAAAGCGGCAGCAACCUCCAAAAACAGUGGAAAAUAUAGUCUCAUCAUCAUCGUCGUCGGGUUCCCUCCAGAAAAACCACCGGUCGAAGCUGGAAACCCCUAGCAGCAGCCCGAGCACCGAACGUGAGAGUGUUGGAGCCUUCGCCGAUCAACUGCAGAAGCAAUUUAUGGACAACUAUUCGAAAAAGAAGCACACAACUUCAGUGGAGCACUACUCCGAGCCUCGAAUCUGUGGCAAACCGGUCUUCACUAGGAAUCCAUCAUACACCUCUGUGGCGUCGUCGGCUUUCUGCAUGUCCUCCGAGAUGUCCAUUCCGAUCGUUGAGAGCACCUCGACCUCGACAACAACCCACCAGUAUGACAGUAACGGCUGUGACAGCAUCGAAGGUGUGGCCAUUCAAACUUCCUACUCUGUCAUUAAGACUAACCCGAUCUUCGGACCGAGAUGCAGAUGCAUCUGCACUUGUGGCAAAGAGUGCAAGUGUUCGUGUCCCAGGCCGACGGUUCGGGUGUCUGGCAAAGCGUUCCAUCAAACUGUUCAGGUGAAGCCAAAGGCUCUGGCGUAUGUGAUUCGAUUCAAUGAGUCUCGCAAUGACGGACAGGGAAGCAAGAUGACUGAGGAUGGCGUUUCGUUGCAAAAGCGUCUCGAGAUGAGGAAUCCUGAUUUUUGUUCGAAGGCGAAUGAGCGUCGAGAGAUCUUGAAAAAGUUGCAUGCGCUGCGUCAGGAACGAGAGGAGAAGAUUAGAGAGAUUGCAGAUAGUUCGAGCAUGUCUUCGAUUUCCAGGAAGCUCGAUGAACUUCCUCCACCUCCAAUAAAGCAAGUGAGAAUCUGUCCCAGUAGAGAAAUGAAAGGGUUGACAAAGAAACGCUAUUGCAAGCUGCCAGAAGUGAUUGCCAAACAAGAACGCGAGAAGCUGGAACGUAGGAAGAAAACCACGCGGGUAAUAACGAAUAUUUUUAACAAGAAACUGCAGCGCAUGGUGCAUAAAGGAAAACUCUCACUAGAAAAUAGCCGGACUGUUAUUUGAAUUGGAGGGCACACUGCACACAGACACACAGUUAGUUUUUAUUUAUGUAUUUUGAUACGAAAUGUAUACACAAAAUAAAUUUGAGAAUGAU